AUUGUCACGGUUGUUAUUUGGAACUUGGACGCCUUGUUGAAGGCAGACACCAUCCAUCAUGGUUUUAUAUUUUGAAAGCAAUGUUGUCUCGCCACCAUCCAUUAUUUUCAUGGGAGCAGAUAAACACGAAAAUGAAGAUUUAAUUAAAUGGGGCUUCCCAGAAGAUGUUUGGUUUCAUGUUGACAAAAUGUCAUCAGCUCAUGUUUAUCUUAGAUUACGAAAGGGCGAAACACUGGAUGACAUUCCCAUGGCAGUGUUAACAGAUUGUGCUCAGCUAGUAAAAGCUAAUAGCAUUCAAGGUUGCAAGACUAACAAUAUUGCUGUCGUAUACACCCUUUGGGAAAACUUAAAAAAGACCAGUGACAUGGAGGUUGGCCAAGUGGGUUUUCACAGUAACAAAGAGUCUGUAACUUUGAAGGUACGAACCAUUCAAGUUGAAAAGAAAAUCAGUGAGAUAGUUAACAGACUGAACAAGACUAAAGAAGAAAAGGUUGUAAACUUAAGAGAGCUAAGAGAAGAGAGGGAUCGACUGGAAAGAGAAGGAAACAAAAAGAAAUUAAGAGAGCAGAAACAAAGAGAAAAAGAGGAAGAAAAGAAAAGGAAAGAGGAAGCUGCACUGAGGAGCUAUGACUCAUUAAUGGUCUCACAAAAUAUGAUGUCCAACAAGGACAAUGUGUCAGAUGAAGAUGAUUUUAUGUAAAGAGAUUAAACACAAGCCUAGGUUGAAACCUUUCUUCUUUCUGGUAGCACAUGAAUACUAGGCCCUUUUUCUGCUGGAGACAGCCUCAUGGCAGUAAAAAAAAACCUGUAUGCCAGUAUCAUAAUAUUAUGGGGCUGUUCAGAUUAGGAAGUACCAGAAUCUAAUCUAUGUGCAAAUAUUUAUCACUAAAUUCAUUGUUAAUAAAAGGAUGUUGAAAAA